GACAGAGACACUGCCUCUUGCAGCGCAGCAGCGACCAUCAGCUGAGAGUACUCAGCGUCCCUCAGCCGCAGCUGCGAGCUCGGCACCGCCUCGGCGGUCCACACAGCCGCGGCCAGCACCGAAGGCCACAGAACCUGCGUUCUGUGCGCAGUUGCUGAGCAAAAACAUGCAGCUUUCCAAGGACGGAAACUCUGUGAGGCACAAGGACGAGAGUGGCCGAGAACUCUACGGAAUUGCUGUGGGAAUGAGUCCAUUGAUCCCUUUCCCUGCUGGUCGUUACUUUGAAGUUCGAGUGGACCGAGUUCGCGAGGGCAUGCCGGAUGGCCUUGCUUUGGGCUUCACUUUGGUGCCGCCCAAUGAGUUAGCAGGGGAAGAUCCACAUGAAGUUUCCGACACGCUGCCAGAAUCGUGGACUGCAGGCUAUGAUGGCUUCUAUAGAUCUGUGAACAUGGGGGAGAGUGAGCAGGUCAGAGUGGGAUGGAAACCAUCCAGCCUCGAAGUGAACGACCGUGUGGGAGCACUGCUGAGUAGAGCGGGGCAAUUCAUCGUUGUGGUCAAUGGAAAGGUGGUGGUGCGUGUCACAGAUGACUUCCCACUGGCAGAUGUGGAGGCCUUCUACCCCGUGGUGGACCUCCUGGGUCGCGUCUGUCAGGUCACUAUGGUGAGGGAUGCCGUGCCACCAGCAGCCUCAGUUGAUGGCACCAUCUUCACUGGCUUCGAUCCAAAGCUGCUGGGCAAGGCCGUGAGCCUCUCUAAUUCACGGCUCUCCUGCUCCAGCCGUGAUCCAGUUGGCAAAGAAUUGGGUGGUGUGGUCUUUGGCGAUGGUCCACUUCCAUGCACCGGGCCGGAUGGAGAAGCCUACUUCGAGGUGGUCGUGGAGGAGCUGCGCCAAGGCAACGACGAUGGGUUGGUCCUGGGCGUUGCCUCCAAGCGACCUCAAGCCAUGGAUGACAUCCUCAUGGGAUGCGAUGUGAAGGAGGCUUGGAGCAUCGGUUACAAUGGUUGCUCCUUUUCCCCAGAUGUGGAGGAAGACAUACCAGUGAAGUGGAGCCCUGUGAAUCUGAAGCGUGGAGAUCACAUGGGGCUUCUGAUUCAAGGUGAUGGCAGCCUGAUUGUGCUGCUCAAUGCAUCACCGGUCUGCAAGGGUCCAAAGAAAGCACCUGUCUUGGACGUCCCCCUUUAUCCUUUUGUGGAUCUUUUAGGCAACACCAAGGCGGUGCAGUUGGUGAAGCCCACAGCAGAGCUGGUGAAGACUGCCGUGGUGAACUGUGCCAAGGCAGUGAAACGAAGUCUUGUCAGCGGCAAAGACCCCGCAUUCUUUGAUGCCUGGUGAGACCGGCUCGGCUAAAGGAUAGCAUCCACUCAGGCAACCUGC